CGACCGUGACAGUGACGGGAAUGUUUACUUGAGGAGAAGUCUUUCUCACGUGGAAGCACGCUGCUCCCUAACUCCUGGCUAAGCGGACUUCAGUUCGCCAACUUUGCUGCCGCACAGCACGCGUAACUCCUUGGCAGGAUGGCAAACAAAAGAACAGCUGGUGCAAAGCAAUAGGGGAUUCCUAGCGAGGAGGAAGGAAGAUCACCAGCCUUUCACCCGACGGCUGUCAGAGCAGCAGGAACGGGACAGCUGAAGCCACCAUGCGCAGGUCCAGCACCGAUGAGUCCACCUAUCACAGGAGCCCUUCUCUGGACAGCAAGGAUUACAGUUUCCCAAAUGGCGCCUUCCGUCGAUACAGCAGCAUGUAUGGUGGCCAGUUUGGGGCUGCCAGCAACUCUUUUUUUGGAUUUCAUACCAACCCAGGCCCGAAGGCCACCAAGGCUAAGUACACGACCCCCAAGGGAAACAAGUACGUUGUCUUUUACCUGGAUCUCUCGUUUAUUUUUCUCCUAGAACUGAAGAGGUGCAGCAUGGCUCACAACUGCCUGCAGUGUAUCAAGUACCUAAUGUUUGUUUUCAAUCUUCUCUUCUGGUUGGGAGGCUGUGGAAUCCUUGGUGUGGGCAUCUGGCUGGCUGUUACCCAAGGGAACUUUGCCACCCUCUCCUCUUCUUUCCCGUCCCUGUCAGCUGCCAACCUACUGAUCGUCACAGGGACGUUUAUCAUGAUCAUUGGCUUCGUGGGCUGCAUAGGUGCCAUCAAAGAAAACAAGUGCCUCCUGCUGAGUUUUUUUAUCAUGCUGUUAAUUAUAUUUCUGUUGGAGCUCACUGUUGUGAUUCUGUUCUUCGUCUACACCGACAAGAUUGACAAGUAUGCUCAGCGGGAUCUGAAGAAAGGACUUCACUUGUAUGGGACAGAUGGAAAUAUUGGCCUCACUAAUGCAUGGAGCAUCAUUCAAACAGAUUUCAGAUGCUGUGGAGUCUCCAACUACACGGACUGGUUCGAAGUGUACAACACGACCCGGGUGCCAGACUCGUGCUGCUUGGAAUUCAGUGAGAAUUGUGGGCUCCAUUCCCCAGGGACCUGGUGGAAAGCGCCUUGCUAUGAAACUGUAAAAGUAUGGCUCCAGGAAAACUUACUGGCAGUGGGAAUCUUUGGAUUGUGCACAGCUAUGGUGCAGAUUCUCGGACUCACCUUUGCAAUGACCAUGUAUUGUCAGGUAGUCAAGGCAGACACCUACUGUGCAUAGAUACCAUUCCCAAUCUUUCUGCUUCUCCUCCAAAGGACACAGGAGAAAUCUCCUUCAUGCUCAUUCAUCUGACCUUUUUUUCCCCCCUUUGUACUAUGAACUGUGUAUAAUGCUAUCUUUCUGAAGAUUUUGUGAAUCAUCCCACUUUACUGAAGGAGGAAGAAAAGAAAGUCAGUACUUGAACUGGCACAGGUAAGAAGCAGCCUUGUCUUUAAGCAGAGGAAAACCAAAAAAGCAAUGGUUCCUUUUCCAUGGCCUGUGGCAAGGCAAGAGAGGCUGCUUACGAGGAGCUGACUGCAAACCCAUGUUAGGAAAAGAUGGCACUGAGGCAACCUCUGCAAAAGCUGCCAGGCUGCCUUCCCGCAUUUCCCAGUCUGGAAGAGAGGAUGUAGAAAAGGAAUGUUCUUCAGCAGAAGGUACAGAGUAGCUAGCACUGAAUGCAAUUGUAAUUUUACUACAGUUAGCACACAGCUAAAAUCAAGAUCAAGCAGCCCUGCCUCCAAGUGUCUCAAGAUGGUUUUGUAGCCAGGAGAGGAUCAUCUUCAGAAAUACAUGGUUUUAAAGGAGUAUUUUUAAUCUUACGUGCCGCAACGUCAGGCUUUUAAUCAGAAUCUGUACAGUGAGAUCCUGGCUGUUAAUGGAAAACAAUAUUGGACAUUGCCUCACUUCCUAAUUGCCAGUGGCAUAUAGAUGGUUAACUGCAUAUGUUAUCUAUAUUACAUUCAUAAACACAUACUUUUCUGAAAGGAGGUGAAAAUACCCAGCAUCUAACCUCAGAAAGGGGAAACCUUUCUAUCCUAUUUUACAUUCCAACUGAAAUAACCAAGUAUUAUUUCUUGUACAAGACACUAUCACUUAUACCUCUGGGAAACAAGUAAUUACUUUCAGCUGUAUCUUCAUUUCAGUAAACAACUUGUGAGUGGGCUCUCUCUGUCAGUCUACUAUGGUUUUAUUUUUUUACCAUCCCUGUUUCAAGUAAGUCUGCCAAAAAAUAUCACUCAUUUCCACGCCUGAAGAUGUGUACCAAGCUGUCAGCUGUUCCCUCCCUGAAUGUCACCAUUUCAUUAAUUUACUUUGGGAUAACAUCAUCUGCAGGUAUGACAGAGUUUGCCUUGCUGAGGAAAAAAUCUUUUGCACAUUGCUCAUUUUUCUGAGUUAUUAAGACUUCAGAUGCUUUUAUGCUUCACUUUUUUUUUCCUCCUAGCUGCACACUGACAACAGCCAAGACACAUCAGUCUCUGUUAGAACUGGAGUCACUUCUCAGUGCUCUUUUUCAGAUGCAUUUUGCUUCACCUAGCUGCUGGCUAGAAUGUAAUCCACACUUUCUGGAUGGAGUAUCACGGAAUCACAGAAAUUUGCAGAAAUCAAAACCAUAACUUUCCUUAACUGGGGAGCAGCCACUCAUUGAUAACUGAAGUAAUUGAUGUAGUACCCUCCUAUGCACAUCUUCUGCUGAUGAGGUUAAAAAUCAGACGUGUCCUGUUGUUCAAACAAAUAAUUCCCUGCCAGCAAACAGCUCCAGGUUGUGCACGUGUGCCAGGGAGAAGCUGAAGCACCCCAGGGAAAGGACACAGCAGGGAACAGGCAAACAGCAAUGCAGAUGGCCUGCUCCCUUCGGCCAGCAUUUGAGGAGCUCUCAACCACUGCCACUUAGAGCAGAGAGCUGACCGUGGAGCUGUGUUUUCCCAGGAAGCUGAGUGCAGCCAUUCCUGCAGAUUGGAAACAUCCAUCAAGCUCAUAGAGAAAGUUACCCUGCCUACAGCAGCAGGUCUCAGCUCCGAGUGACAUUUUGCGUGCUUUGAUUUAAAGGCAAUUUCCAGCACAAAGCUGGACUUGCCAACCCACAGCCUAUUGAACAAUCUCCUUUACACCCAUAACUAACCCUUUUCUGGACCAAUUAUGUGACAGAUUCACUCUCACUCGUUAGAUUUGGGGGUUUUUGGUCUCCUUGCUGAUUUCCUGCAGUCUUCUCACUCUCAGGCAUGAGCCACUCCAUAUUUUGUGGGAAAUUGCUUACGAUGGUCUGGUGUUUAAAGGAGAAAUUAUCUUCCAAACUGUUACCCCCAUGGGGCAUUUAGCUGUGCAGGCUAAGGUAAAAGUAGUGUAUUAUCUGUGUGCAUUUUAUAUGGCUUCCCUACCACUGUCACAGCAACCUCCCCACCACUAAAGGAUUUUACUGUCAUGCAAACAAGCCCCAACAAACCCAAGCUGAGCAAGUAGCCCACACACAGGUACCCUCUACUCCAGGCAAGAGGCUCACUCGAUGUGUUGCAAUCUCCACAGCCUCCAUUCUCUCUGCUUCUUGAGCCCAGGCUGACCUGCAGACUGUGCUGCUCUGCAGAAGAUGGUGUAAGUUUGUUCCUCCCCUCUCUCUACUCUGUUCUUUUCUUCACCUACACAGAGACUGUUCCAGGUUAGCUGUACCAUUACUUCUUGCCUUGGUUUAGAGUUUGUACACAGGGGUGCUUCUGCUGACAACUCUGAGUUUCUACCACUGAAAAGCAGCAUGACAGAGUGAUGAAUACAUUCAUAAAACAUUGAUUUUUUUUUUUUUUUUUUGAGACAGAUAAAAGGUAGACAAGUCUAUUUGUAGUGAUCCCUGCCAUUAAAAAUUAACACAGAGACAGCAGGCUGCUGAUGGUUCAGUUGAUGGGAGCAAACCAUUGUGCAGAACUCCCACAGAGAGCAACUCUCAUCAAUUUGCUUGAUGGUGGUGUAGGGAAAA